UUGUUAAGGUCUUAGUCCAUCACACUGUCCUAGAGUGGGUUGUCAGAUUUUUUUUAUACUUACUUACCUUCAAAAAUCUUAUGGAGAACUUCUUGGGUAUACAAGUUUCCUUACAAUAUUUUCCUUCGCCGUUAAAGCAAGUGAUAAUUUACAAAGAAUAAUAUAUCUUUUAGAAAAGCGGUGCAUGUCCUGGGAUUUGAACCUCCCAACCAGGAUAUCGCUGCCUCUCAUCAUUACUAAUAUUAUUAAAAGUAAUCCAUAAUGUGCUUAGUAAUUAGGUUUCUUAUUGAUCCCCAUUCCGCAGUAACCUACAUACAGUAUACUUACAGCAAUAUAUUUUGUAUCUUCAGGGAAAAUUGGCAUUACAACGCAUACAAAUCUGAUAGAAGAAGAAAUUGUUCAGAAGCUAAUUAAAAUAAAAGAAUUAUGUAUGCUUGACCAUGUACCAGUCUCAGUAAUUCCGCAAACUAACCAAGAGAUUAAAACUCAUUCCGAGAGUAAAGAUAAAAGUGAAUAUGAAACUGAUAAAUCAUUGAAGGAACUGAAAGAAAUAGCGAUUAUGUUACGUCAAAAAAUGGACACUCUUGAUAGUGAAAAGAAUGUAAUGGGGGUUGAGUUUUCACAGGCCCAAAGAUCUUGUGAAAGAGUUCAAGCGGACUUGAAAAAUGUCGAAAAUAUACUUAGUAGUAUUGGUUUAUCUGAUUAUCAAGAUGGAGCUACUGAUAGCUUGUUGGAAAAAGUGCAAAAAAAUAUUAAUCAGUUACAUCAUAAAAGUGAAGACCUUAUGUCAAAAAAUUUGUCUUUGAAAAUGCGAAUUGAUAAAGUAAAGAAUGAUAUGAGUUCUUCUGAGUCUGAAAGAAAUAAAUGUAAAGCAAUUUUGAAUAGCUUAAAAGAUAGUAUACAAGUAAUGAGGGAUGAAUAUGAUAAAAAGUAAUAUCGACAGGAACUAAAGGAUAGUUACGAAAAAUUACGUGGUGGAAAUAAAAGGUCAAUCUAUACGAAACGUAUAUUAGAAAUUAUUUCUAACGUCGAUAAACAGGAUAUGGAAAUAAAGAAGAUUUUGGAAGACACUAGACAGUUACAAAAAGAAAUCAACUCUUUGGAAGGACAGUUAGAGCGGUGUUUUUCUAUCGCUGAUGAAACACUUUUAGGCUUUCGCGAUGCAAAAAAAGAUGACCAGGCAAAAAAGGCUUACAAGUUACUAGCUCUCCUACAUUCUGAAUGCAACACAAUUGUGUCUCUUGUAAAUGAUAUGGGUUCUUUGCAGAGAGACAUAGUGGAUUUGGAAGAAAAUAUCAAAACUGAAACAGCAAAGAGGACAGAGGAUACAUUGAAGAAAAUUCAGUUAGAUCUUACCAAGUUGCAGGAAGAGUGUUAAUUUAUAAUAUUUUUUACUGAUUAUAUUAUGCAUAAUAAUAAAAAAUAAGUCAGUAUAAAUCUAAUUUUAAUUAUUUUACAUUCCAUUUAAUUUCGUUUUGGUAAUAUUUCAGGUGGAAUGUACUGCUCAUUAGUCUUUGUUGUUAAUGUUUUCUUACUGGCAGUAUUUGUUUCUG